UGAAAAUGUGGCACCUAAAUAAGAAACUCUGUUAGUAUAGUAUUUUUCAUCUUUGUAAAACGGCAACGUUUGAUUAGUCUCCUUCAUGAACGCCCAUUGAGAUCCAAAUGUAUGCAGAAGAAGAAGAAUGGAUAGAUAUGUUCAACAAUUCCUCAACAGGCUCUCUUUAGCCUCCAUCAUUGCAGCCACAUUUAUCCUUCUCUUGCUUUUCAUCCGAACACCUGAAACCUGCGUUAAUCCCAAUAUCACCAAACCUAAGCCCCAUCACCGUUUCCCCAAAUCAACCUGCGAUUUCGCUCACCGGAGUUACACCUCAAUUAAGAAACACAACCGUCGUGUAUGGUCCACAACCGCCUGGAUCCAAACAGUUCUUUCUUUCAAAUCCCAAUUCCAGGCUCUUCAGGACAAGAAGCUGUUUACUAAACAUUCACGGGCUCUCGUGGUAUCUGCUGGGGCGGGUCAGGCUGUAAUGGCCCUAAAAGAAAUGGGCCUUCACGACAUUACUGGUGUGGAGGUUGUGGAUUCGCCGCCGCUUGUCAGACGUGCGGAUCCGCAUAGUCUGCCCUUUUUUGAUAAUGCGUUUGAUCUCGGGUUUAGUGCGUAUUUGGAUCGGGCAUUGUUUCCUGAUAGAUACGUGGCGGAAAUGGAGAGAACGGUGAGACUUGGUGGCGCGUGUGUAGUGGCUGUGGAAGAGUGCGGCGGCAGAGAGGUGGAGGAAGUGGUGAAAUUGUUUCGGAAGUCUAAGGUGUUGGGGAUAAGGAAUGUGACUAUGGGUGAUGAAACGAGGACUAGAAUCGUAUUGAGAGUUAUGAGUGACUGAAAAUUUCAUUUGAUCUGCCAGUAAAAAACUUUUGGAAACUCGAGGAUACCUGUUACCUUUCACGACAAUGCCUAAAUAAUAACUGGAGAGUGAAAAUUCAUAUAUAGUUGCUAAUUCGACUUUCUAAUAGACUAGUUAAUUUUUGUAGUUUGAAGAGGAAAUUCUAUUAUUCAAUUUGGUUGUCUUUUGAGUGAGUUCACGAUAAUGUAAAUAUCAUUUACACUUCCAUCGAUUCCUUUCUUUCAAGGUGGAUGGGAGUGUGUGUGGUUAAUUGGCAGUAAUUGAUUAGUUGUAUUUACAAUGUAUUAUAUCCUCUUCACCUUAGAAUAAAAUAAGCUGUAAAUUACAUGA